CCAUACUCUUGCCACCAUGACAUCCUCUUCAAUCCCUCCCAAGGAGUCAGACCCAAACGUACUCACCUACAGUCUCGGAGACUUCACCCUCCUCUCCGGCGCCGUCAUCCCAGACGCAUACAUUGCCUACCGCACUUUUGGCUCAUCCUCUAAUCCAACAAUUCUCUACCCGACGUGGUACAGUGGUGACAUCACCAGCGGCAAUGAGUGGCUUGUGUCCACUGCCGAGCACCCACGAAGAGGUCUGGAUCCAGAGAAGUACUACAUUGUCCUUGUGGCCCUCUUUGGAAAUGGACAGUCGACUAGCCCGAGCAAUCAUCCCUUGAGGCAGAACCUCCCGCCUGCGACCGUCUAUGAUAACGUGCGGGCGCAGCACCAGCUGUUGACUGAAGGCUUGGGAAUCCAUAAGCUGAGGAUGGUGACCGGAUGGUCCAUGGGAGCCGCACAAUCCUAUCAAUGGGCUACGCAGUAUCCCGACAUGGUGGAGACUAUUGCUCCUUUUUGUGGCUCAGCAAGAACCAGCUUCCACAACCAGAUUUUCAUUGACGGUUUCACAGCUCCUCUCCGGGCAGACCAAUCCUUCGCCAACGGCGCCUACACCUCACAGCCCAUCGCCGGUCUCAAGGGCGUCGGUCACGUCUACGCCGGCUGGGGCAUGUCCCAGACAUGGUACCGUCAGCAAAUCUACACAUCUCACUACGGACACAAGACUCUUCAGGAGCAUCUGACGAAAUUGUGGGAAGGCUGGACCUGCUCGCGCGACGCGAAUGAUAUGCUCUAUCUUGCCUGGACUUGGCUGCACGCAGAUGUUGGUGCGCAGCCACUGUAUGCUGGAGAGAGCAAGUUGGACGUGCCUGUGAAGGAGGGAGGGAGGAUGGGGCUUCGAGGACAGCUUGACUUUGAUCCCAUUCCAGAGGAUGAUCAGGCGUUUGAGAGGGCACUACGGGGCAUCAAGGCACAGAGUAUCCUCAUGCCUUGCAGACACGAUGUGAGUCGCAACUUCGGCGCCUGUCCAUUUCCAUCAACCAAGAGUUUAUCAAGGGAAUUCAAGGUGACACUACUUCUUCUCUCCCCCUCCCUUGCGCACCUUUCACCUGAUCAGCUCUACUUCCCACCGGAAGACACCCAGAUCGAAGCUCGAAUCAUGGGUCCCAAGGCCCGCAUGAUCGUCUGCGAGAGCAUCUGGGGCCACUUUGCCGGCAAGGGAGACAAUGAAGAGGACGCGGCGUUUUUCGAUGGACACAUUGCUGAUUUGCUCGAGUCGGUCGAGAAGGAGAUGGGCGCGGAGGGAGAUAAAGGGAAGAUGUAAGGCGGUUCUCGGACAGAUGGACAAGAUAGGGACCUGAAAUUUGGUCAAGAUUGUGAGGGGUGAUUGCCCGGCGGGCUAGUGUACAUGCUCCUUCUUUCAUCUCUUUGCUCAACUUUGCUGAUACCCUCUGCUCUUCUGGCAACGUCUGGUCGUGCCAUUCAACUCGAGCGUGCACGCUUGACAGCAAAAUUGUCCAUUUUCCCUCCAACA